AUGUCUAAAUGUAAGUUUGGGGUGCAUGAAAUAGAGUACUUGGGCCACAUUAUUUCGGGGAAAGGGGUACAAACUGAUGUUGCCAAUACAGCAGCCAUGGUUCAAUGGCCUGCUCCUAAAACCUUGAAGUCUUUAAGAGGGUUUUUAGGAUUAACAGGUUAUUAUAGAAAAUUCAUACGAAGUUAUGGAUCCAUAGCAGCACCUUUAAUAGAUCUUUUGAAAAAAAAUUCAUUUUGUUGGAAUGAUAAAGCUGCUGUUGCCUUCGAGUUGUUGAAAACAGCUGUGAGCAACCCUCCUGUGUUGAGGUUACCAGAUUUCACCAAAGUAUUCACCAUUGAGUGUGAUGCUUCUGGUGUGGGCCUUGGGGCAGUUUUGAUGCAAGAUUCGCAGCCCAUUGCCUUUUAUAGCAAAGCCUUAAAAGGAAAAGCACUACUUUUGUCUACCUAUGAGAAAUAG